AUGAGCCUUCAACACAGUGGCAUGGGGGCAGGUGACAGCUUGCACUCAAGGGUUUUGCAGAAGCAAGAUUCUGCAGGAGAUACUCUCUAUGAAUGUGAUUCACAAGGACCAAAUAAAGACAUCUUGGUUCAUGCAAGGAAGACCCUCUACAAAUGCAAAAGAUGUGGGAAGGUGUUUAACAAGUGCCUCCUUGUUUGACAUGACACUGGAGUGAAAGCUUACAAAUGCCAGGAGUGUGGGAAAGCCUUUUGUGAAAAGCUCCGUCGGCACAUAAGGAUUCACACGGGGGAGAAGCCCUAUGAGUGCGUGGAGUGUGGGAAGAUCUUCACCCAUAAGUCACACUUCACAUGCCAGCAGCAGAUUGACACGGGGGAGAAGCACUGCGAGUGCCGUGAAUGCAGAAAGACUUUCACCUACCACGCAGUUUUCCGGCAUAGUAUGACCUACACUGCACGAAAGCCCUCUGAGUGUAAAGAAUGUGGGAAAGGUUUUUGCUACAGCUAUUUCCUCGCUAAACACACAAGGAGACACACUGGGCAGAAGCCCUGUGAGUGCAGUGAAUGUGGAAAGGCCUUUGCUUUUGUCCAGCAUAAUAAGAUCCACACUAGAGAGAAAAGCCUUUGA